UCAACGGAUAAAGAAAACGUGGCAAGUCCAUCUACCGAAGCACCGGGGAGUGUCGUGGAUGCCUACGAGCAGGUCCAAAAAGGACUUCUAAAGCUGAAAGGCGUCGCAGAGCUCAGAGUGACCAAGCGGAAGAAGAAAAACAAGGACAAAGACAAAGCUAAACUCCCGGAAUCAAUGGGAAUGAACAAAAAGAACGAGGAGGAGAAGCAGCACGGCCUGGACAAGUGGACCCCGGCCCGCGCAGCCUUUGAGAAAAUGCAGGAGAAGCGGCAAUGGAAAGGAUCCUCAAGAAAAGCAUCCAAAACCCACAAGCAGAGAGUGGAGGACUUCAACAGACACCUGGACACACUCACGGAGCAUUACAUUCCCAGAGUCAGCUGGACGAAAUAG